AUGGGAAGGAAACUAAUCAGCUCAGGCUCGACAUUCGAGAAAGAAAUUGGUUAUUCAAGAGCAGUAGUAGUUGGUGAAAUGGUUUUUGUCUCGGGAACAACAGGGUAUGAUUAUACCACUAUGGAAAUAUCAGACAAUGUGAUCGAGCAAGCAGACCAAACUAUAAGAAAUAUCGAAAAUGCUUUGGUCGAAGCUGGGUCUUGUUUGCAAGAUGUGGUAAAAGUCACAUAUAUAUUACCAGAUGCUAGCGAGUUUGAAAGAUGCUGGCCAACACUAAGAAAAUAUUUUGGAAACAUAAAGCCCGCCGCUACAAUGAUUUCGGCAAAAUUGGCUGAUAUCAGCAUGAAAAUAGAAAUCGAGGUAAUAGCAUUGAAGGUGCAUUAG